CCGGCGAGUCGAGCUGUCCAUCUUCUCCGACGCGCCGACGCGCGCGCGCGGGUUUGCGGACACCCCGAGCACCGCAGCCGUUCCGCGUUGACGCCCGCGAACCCUAGAACUCGCGCGGCUCCAUGGCCCAGCCGCCGCGCGGCCCCCCGCCGGGCAUGGGCCCGCCUCCCGGCAUGCGCCCCCCGCCGGGCAUGAUGGCGGCGAUGCCCCCGCCGGGCAUGGCGGGCUUCGGCGGCGCGCCGCCGCCGCCGCCGCCGCCGCCCGCGGGGGCCCCGGCCCGGCGGCGGCGCAAGGACCCGCUCAGCGAGAAGGCGCGCAAGUGGGCGAACCUGCAGAGCAAGCGCUUCGGCCAGCGGCGCAAGUUCGGCUUCGUCGACACGUACAAGGAGGACAUGCCCGCGGAGCACGUGCGCAAGAUCAUCAAGGACCACGGCGACAUGUCCUCCAAAAAAUUCAAGCACGACAAGCGCGUCUACCUCGGCGCGCUCAAGUACGUGCCGCACGCGGUCUACAAGCUCCUCGAGAACCUGCCCAUGCCCUGGGAGCAGGUGCGCAACGUGUCCGUGCUCUACCACGUCACGGGCGCCAUCUCCUUCGUCAACGAGAUCCCCCGCGUCGUCGAGCCCAUCUACGCGGCCCAGUGGGGCACGAUGUGGAUCAUGAUGCGCCGCGAGAAGCGGGACCGGCGCCACUUCAAGCGCAUGCGCUUCCCGCCCUUCGACGACGAGGAGCCGCCCCUGGACUACGGCGACAACAUUCUGGACGUGGAGCCCCUGGAGCCCAUCGCCAUGGAGCUCGACGCGGACGACGACGAGGCCGUCGCCGACUGGUUCUACGACGCGAAGCCCUUAGAGCUCGAGCCCGAGUACGUCAACGGCACGUCCUACCGCAAGUGGACGCUCACCGUGCCCAUCAUGACGACGCUCUACCGCCUCGCGGGCCAGCUCGUGUCCGACCUCCUCGACCCGAACUACUUCCACCUCUUCGACAAGCGGUCGUUCUUCACCGCGAAAGCUUUAAACUGCGCGAUCCCCGGCGGGCCCAAGUUCGAGCCCCUCUUCCGCGACGCCGACGUCGACGAGGACGACUGGAACGAGUUCAACGACAUCAACAAGAUCAUCAUCCGCCACCAGAUCCGCACCGAGUACAAGGUCCAGUACCCGUACCUCUACACGUCGCGGCCCCGCGCGGUCAAGCUCGCGCCCUACCACCACCCGCCGCUCUACUACGUCAAGCCCGACGACCCGGACCUGCCGGCCUUCUACUUCGACCCCGUCGUCAACCCCAUCUCCGCGUUCCGGAGCCGCGCGCGCGCGGCCGACGACGACGACGGCGGCGGCGGCGACGACGACGGCGACGACGGCUUCUGCCUGCCCGAGGACGUCGGUCCUCUACUCGCCGACGAGCCCCUCUACACCGACGCGACGGCCGGCGGCAUCUCGCUCUACUGGGCGCCGCGGCCCUUCAACCUCCGGCGCGGCCGGACGCGGCGCGCGUUCGACGUGCCCCUCGUCAACGCCUGGUUCAAGGAGCGCUGCCCGCCGGACCACCCUGUCAAGGUGCGCGUCUCCUACCAGAAACUCUUGAAGUGCUGGGUCCUCAACGAGCUCCACCGGAAGCGGUCGAAGCCGUUGAACCGGAAGCACCUCUUCCGGUCGCUCAAGGCCACGAAAUUCUUCCAGUCCACGGAGCUCGACUGGGUCGAGGUCGGGCUCCAGGUCUGCCGCCAGGGCUACAACAUGCUCAACCUCCUCAUCCACCGCAAGAACCUGAACUACCUCCACCUCGACUACAACUUCAACCUCAAGCCCGUCAAAACUUUGACGACGAAGGAGCGCAAGAAGAGCCGCUUCGGCAACGCCUUCCACCUCACGCGCGAGAUCCUGCGCCUGACGAAGCUCGUCGUCGACUCCGUCGUCCAGUACCGCCUCGGCAACGUCGACGCGUUCCAGCUCGCGGACGGGCUGCAGUACAUCUUCGCGCACGUGGGCCAGCUGACGGGCAUGUACCGCUACAAGUACCGCCUCAUGCGCCAGGUGCGCAUGUGCAAGGACCUGAAGCACCUCAUCUACUACCGCUUCAACACGGGCCCCGUGGGCAAGGGCCCGGGCUGCGGCUUCUGGGCGCCCGGGUGGCGCGUCUGGCUGUUCUUCAUGCGCGGCAUCGUGCCGCUCUUGGAGCGCUGGCUCGGCAAUUUGCUCGCGCGCCAGUUCGAGGGGCGCCACACGAAGGGCAUCGCGAAGACGGUGACGAAGCAGCGCGUCGAGUCCCACUUCGACCUCGAGCUCCGGGCCGCGGUCAUGCACGACAUCCUCGACAUGAUGCCCGAGGGCGUGAAAGCCAACAAGUCGCGGACGAUCCUCCAGCACUUGUCCGAGGCCUGGCGCUGCUGGAAGGCGAACAUCCCCUGGAAGGUCCCCGGCCUCCCCGCGCCCAUCGAGAACAUGAUUCUACGGUACGUGAAAGCGAAGGCCGACUGGUGGACGAACAUCGCGCACUACAACCGCGAGCGCAUCAAGCGCGGCGCGACGGUCGACAAGACGGUCUGCAAGAAGAACCUGGGCCGCCUGACGCGCCUCUGGCUCAAGGCGGAGCAGGAGCGGCAGCACAACUACCUGAAGGACGGGCCCUACGUGUCCGCGGAGGAGGCCGUGGCCAUCUAUACGACGACGGUGCACUGGCUCGAGAGCCGCAAGUUCUCGCCGAUCCCCUUCCCGCCGCUGUCCUACAAGCACGACACGAAGCUGCUCAUUUUGGCGCUGGAGCGCCUCAAGGAGAACUACGGCAUCAACUCGCGGUUGAACCAGAACCAGCGCGAGGAGCUGGGGCUCAUCGAGCAGGCCUACGACAACCCGCACGAGGCGCUGUCGCGCGUGAAGCGCCACCUGCUGACGCAGCGCGCGUUCAAGGAGGUGGGCAUCCAGUUCAUGGACUUGUACAGCCACCUCAUCCCCGUCUACGAGGUCGAGCCGCUGGAGAAGAUCACGGACGCCUACCUGGACCAGUACCUGUGGUACGAGGCGGACAAGCGCCACCUCUUCCCGAACUGGAUCAAGCCCGCGGACUCGGAGCCGCCGCCGCUGCUCUGCUACAAGUGGUGCCAGGGCGUCAACAACCUCGACAAGGUCUGGGACACGGACGCCGGCGAGUGCGUCGUCAUGAUGGAGACGAAGCUCGAGAAGGUCUACGAGAAGAUCGAUUUGACGCUGCUGAACCGCUUAUUACGCCUCAUCGUCGACCACAACAUCGCGGACUACAUGACGGCGAAGAACAACGUGACCGUGGCCUACAAGGACAUGAUGCACACGAACUCCUACGGCCUGGUCCGGGGCCUCCAGUUCGCGUCCUUUGUGUUCCAGUACUACGGCCUCGUGCUCGAUUUGCUCGUGCUGGGCCUGACGCGCGCGUCGGAGAUCGCGGGGCCGCCCCAGGUGCCCAACGAGUACCUCUCCUACAAGGACGUGUCCACGGAGACGCGCCACCCCAUCCGCCUCUACACGCGCUACGUCGACCAGGUCUUCUUCUUAUUGCGUUUCGACGCGGACGACGCGCGCGACCUCAUCCAGCGCUAUUUGACGGAGCACCCGGACCCGAACAACGAGAACGUCGUCGGCUACAACAACAAGAAGUGCUGGCCGCGCGACCAGCGCAUGCGCCUCAUGAAGCACGACGUCAACCUGGGCCGCGCCACGUUCUGGGACGUGAAGAACCGCCUGCCGCGGUCCGUGACGACGAUCGACUGGGAGAACUCGUUCGUGUCCGUCUACUCCAAGGACAACCCGAACUUGCUGUUCAACAUGUGCGGCUUCGAGGUGCGCGUCAAGCCCAAGUGCCGCAUGCACCUGGAAGCUCUCGCCCACCGCGACGGCGUCUGGAACCUGCAGAACGACGCGACGAAGGAGAUGACGGCGCAGGCGUUCCUGCGCGUCGACGAGCAGUCGCUCCGGACCUUCGAGAACCGCGUGCGCCAGGUCCUGAUGUCGUCCGGGUCGACGACCUUUACGAAGAUCGCCAACAAGUGGAACACGGCGCUCAUCGGUCUGAUGACCUACUUUCGGGAGGCCGUCGUGAACACGCAGGAGAUGCUCGACCUAUUGGUGAAAUGCGAGAACAAGAUCCAGACGCGCAUCAAGAUCGGCCUCAAUUCCAAGAUGCCGUCGCGCUUCCCGCCCGUCGUCUUCUACACGCCCAAGGAGCUCGGGGGGCUGGGCAUGCUGUCCAUGGGCCACGUGCUCAUCCCGCAGAGCGAUUUGCGGUAUUCGAAGCAGACGGACCAGGGCGUGACGCACUUCCGGAGCGGCAUGUCCCACGAGGAGGACCAGAUCAUCCCGAACCUGUUCCGCUACAUGCAGCCCUGGGAGAGCGAGUUCGUCGACUCGCAGCGCGUCUGGGCCGAGUACGCGCUGAAGCGCCAGGAGGCGAACGCGCAGAACCGGCGGCUCACGCUCGAGGACCUCGAGGACUCCUGGGACCGGGGCAUCCCGCGCAUCAACACGCUCUUCCAGAAGGACCGGCACACGCUGGCCUACGACAAGGGCUGGCGCGCGCGGACGGACUUCAAGCAGUACCAGGUGCUCCGCCAGAACCCGUUCUGGUGGACGCACCAGCGCCACGACGGCAAGCUCUGGAACCUCAACAACUACCGCACGGACAUGAUCCAGGCGCUGGGCGGCGUCGAGGGCAUUUUGGAGCACACGCUCUUCAAGGGCACCUACUUCCCCACGUGGGAGGGCCUCUUCUGGGAGAAGGCGUCGGGCUUCGAGGAGUCGAUGAAGUACAAGAAGCUCACGAACGCGCAGCGGUCCGGCCUGAACCAGAUCCCGAACCGGCGCUUCACGCUGUGGUGGUCGCCGACGAUCAACCGCGCCAACGUCUACGUCGGCUUCCAGGUGCAGCUCGACCUCACGGGCAUCUUCAUGCACGGCAAGAUCCCGACGCUCAAGAUCUCGCUCAUCCAGAUCUUCCGGGCCCACCUCUGGCAGAAGAUCCACGAGUCCGUGACCAUGGACCUGUGCCAGGUCUUCGACCAGGAGCUCGACGCGCUGGAGAUCGAGAACGUGCAGAAGGAGACGAUCCACCCGCGGAAGUCCUACAAGAUGAACUCGUCGUGCGCGGACAUUCUGCUCUUCGCGGCCUACAAGUGGCAGGUCGCCAAGCCGAGCCUGCUCCACGACACGAAGGACGCCUACGACGGCGCGACGUCGUCCAAGUACUGGAUCGACGUCCAGCUCCGCUGGGGCGACUUCGACAGCCACGACGUCGAGCGGUACGCGCGCGCCAAGUUCCUCGACUACACGACGGACAACAUGUCCAUCUACCCGUCGCCGACGGGCGCCCUCAUCGCCAUCGACCUGGCCUACAACCUCUACAGCGGCUACGGCGCCUGGUUCCCGGGCUGCAAGCCGCUGAUCCAGCAGGCGAUGGCGAAGAUCAUCAAGGCGAACCCCGCGCUCUACGUGCUCCGCGAGCGCAUCCGCAAGGGUUUACAGUUGUAUUCGUCGGAACCUACCGAGCCCUACCUCUCGUCCCAAAAUUACGGCGAGCUCUUCUCCAACCAGAUCAUCUGGUUCGUCGACGACACGAACGUCUACCGCGUGACGAUCCACAAGACGUUCGAGGGCAACCUGACGACGAAGCCCAUCAACGGCGCGAUCUUCAUCUUCAACCCGCGCACGGGCCAGCUCUUCCUGAAGAUCAUCCACACGUCCGUCUGGGCGGGCCAGAAGCGCCUGGGCCAGCUGGCCAAGUGGAAGACCGCGGAGGAGGUCGCGGCGUUGAUCCGGUCUUUGCCCGUCGAGGAGCAGCCGAAGCAGAUCAUCGUGACGCGCAAGGGCAUGCUCGACCCGCUGGAAGUGCACCUCCUCGACUUCCCGAACAUCGUCAUCAAGGGGUCGGAGCUGCAGCUGCCCUUCCAGGCCUGCCUCAAGGUCGAGAAGUUCGGCGAUCUCAUCCUCAAGGCGACGGAGCCGCAGAUGGUGCUCUUCAACAUCUACGACGACUGGCUCAAGACCAUCUCGUCCUACACGGCCUUCAGCCGCCUGAUCCUCGUGCUGCGCGCGCUCCACGUCGCCCAGGACCGGACGAAGGUCGUGUUGCGGCCCGACAAGACCGUCGUCACGGAGCCGCACCACGUCUGGCCGACGCUCUCCGACGAGCAGUGGGUCAAGGUCGAGGUCGCCCUGAAGGAUCUGAUCCUGGCGGACUACGGCAAGAAGAACAACGUCAACGUGGCGUCGCUGACGCAGAGCGAGAUCCGCGACGUCAUCCUCGGAAUGGAGAUCGCGCCGCCGUCGUUGCAGCGGCAGCAGGUCGCGGAGAUCGAGAAGCAGGCGCGCGAGCAGAGCCAGCUGACGGCGGUGACCACCAAAACCACCAACGUCCACGGCGAGGACAUGGUCGUCACGACGACGUCCCAGUACGAGCAGCAGUCCUUCUCGUCGAAGACGGACUGGCGCGUCCGCGCGAUCUCCGCGACGAACUUGCACCUCCGCACGCACCACAUCUACGUCAACUCCGACGACGCCGGCGACGGCGGUUAUACCUACGUGCUCCCGAAGAACGCGCUGGCCAAGUUCAUCACGAUCGCCGAUUUACGGACGCAGGUCGCGGGCUACCUCUACGGCGUGUCGCCGCCGGACAACGCGCGCGUCAAGGAGAUCCGGUGUAUUGUGGUGGUGCCCCAGGUCGGCAACCACCAGCAGGUGACGCUGCCCCACCACCUGCCGAAGCACGACUAUUUGGAGGAUCUGGAACCGCUGGGCUGGCUCCACACGCAGCCGAACGAGCUGCCGCAAUUGGCGCCGCAGGACGUCAUCGCGCACGCGGCCGUCAUGGCCCGCGACGAGUCCUGGGACGGCGAGAAGACGGCGGUGGUGACCUGCGCCUUCACGCCCGGGUCCUGCUCGCUGACGGCCUACAAGCUCACGCCCGCGGGCUUCGAGUGGGGCAAGCAGCACGCGGACCAGGCGGCCGGCAACCCGCCGGGCUACGCGCCGACGCACUACGCCAAGGUCCAGAUGUUGUUGAGCGACCGCUUCCUCGGGUUCUUCAUGGUGCCCGACGACGACGUCUGGAACUUCAACUUCAUGGGCGUCCAGCACUCCAAGUCCAUGAAGUACGACCUCAAGCUCGCGAACCCCGCGCCCUUCUACGACGAGAUCCACCGGCCCUACCACUUCCUCAACUUCACGAACAUGGAGGCCCUCGGCAACGACGAGGCCGACGCCCCGGGGGGGCGGGCCCCACCCCGCCCAUGGCCCGGGAAAUUCCGCCCUUGA